CAUGAAUACAUUUUAUAUAUAUAUACAAAGCUGCCGCUAGUGGGCGCUCCUCCUUUGUCAGCAGUCGGAUGUUGUGAAGCUCGGGGACGCAGCAGCAGAGAGAGAGCGGAUCGAUGGCAUCCAACGUUUCCCCGAGUUUGUGCAGCUGUAAAGUUGCUGUAACUCAAUAGAAAGGUGGGAGCGCCGCGCAGUGUUUCCAUGGCCUUCGGCUGAUGGGCGAAGCGAUGCGGCACCACUGGCUGCUCCUCGGGGCUUGCGGCUGGGUGCUGCUCAUCCUCAUGUUCGUCAGCAAGUUCAUCAGCUUCAGAGCUGUGGAUGACUAUGGAGACAGGGUUGGUGGUCAGAGUUGGACAGUACCAGGCACCAAGGUGGUCAAACCCAUUCGUCUUUCCAGCCCAGAAAAAACUGUCCCAAAGCCCUCUGAUCAGCCCACAGCCGUCCCCACAGUGACAGACUGGCAGUCAGUGGUUGAGAGGCGAGUCGAGUUGCUCUCAGCUGUAUGUAAGAACAGCAGCCUCAGGAAUCUGACUCACGUCUCCAUCAGCAAAUUUGUCCUGGACCGCAUCUUCGUCUGCGACAAGCACAAGAUCUUGUUCUGCCAGACGCCAAAAGUGGGCAACACACAGUGGAAGAAGGUCCUCAUUGUGCUCAAUGGAGCGUUCCCCACUGUGGAGGAGAUCCCAGAGAACCUUGUUCACGACCAUGAGAAGAACGGCCUGCCCCGUCUCUCAUCACUCACGCCACAGGAAGUUACUCACAGAUUAAACACCUACUUCAAGUUUUUCAUCGUGCGGGACCCCUUUGAGCGCCUCAUUUCUGCAUUCAAGGACAAGUUUGUGAAGAACCCACGCUUCGAGCCGUGGUACAAACACGACAUCGCUCCAGCCAUCAUCCGCAAGUACCGCAAGAGCCACCGCGAUAGCGAGCUCGCCGCCUCCGGCCUUCACUUUGAGGACUUUGUCCGUUAUUUGGGUGACGUGGACGGCCGUCACCGUAUGGACCGUCAGUUCGGCGAGCACAUUAUUCACUGGGUGACUUAUGCAGAGUUGUGCGCGCCGUGUGAAAUACACUACAGUGUGGUGGGCCACCAUGAGACUCUGGAGCAGGACGCCCCCCAUAUUCUCCGAGCAGCAGGCAUCGACCAGCUGGUGUCCUACCCAGCCAUUCCUCCAGGCAUCACCCGCUACAACAGGACCAAGGUGGAGCAGUACUUCUCAGGCAUCAGCAAGCGGGACAUCAGGCGUCUUUACGCACGUUACCAGGGUGAUUUUGGUUUAUUUGGUUACCCAAGCCCAGACUUUCUCCUGAACUAAACUGAUUAACACUGACUAAAAGACGUUUUCAUAUUAAAUGGUCUCGACAUCUUCACUGAGACAGAGAUGUAUUGUAGCUGAAUGUGUACCGCAGACCUAAAAUGCUGGUGUGCAGUAGACGGCACACUAUAAUGUUCUUAUUUUAGGGAUAACUGACAGAUUGUGGCUAUGUUUGCUGUAUUUCCUAGGGCUGAGAAGUGCUGCCUAGCAUGUAACAGUGUUUUUAUGGAGAGAGGAGCUGUAACUGAUAAGUGGGCUGUCAGCAAACCUGUAGUGUCACGAUGCAGUGAAAAGAGGAAGAGAGUGUCUGCAGAAGAUGCAAAGUGAGUACAAUUCCUCAUUUUGUGUGACUCAAAAGGUCAAAUACAGGUCCAGAACACAUUUUCUAUUUUUAACACUCAUGAAUGAAUUAUCCUCAUAUGUGAGAGAGGUUUGCUGUGUAAUGCCAGGGAUGCAGUCCUGUUACCAUGAAAUGUAGCUAUUAUAUGUCACUGUGUGGAUCACCGGUUUCAAGGAGUCGUCUUGUUAAAGGGACAGUUUUUUUUUAAUUAGUAUUAUUUUUUUAAGGUGGCUAAAAUGCAUUUUGUUGCUGCCCCCCAUCCACAUCAGUGCAUUUUUUAGCUUCCAGGACAGACUCCAGCCUGCUUCUCCAAACUGGGGGCGUGCUGACUGACAUCUACUGUUUUUAAUAUACAAACUAAAAAUAAGUACCCCAUGCAACUUCCCUUUCACAAAUCUGAACUAUUCCUUUAAGGAAAGCUAUGGACAAUUAUAGUAUGCCUUUUGACGUGUCUUUUCUGAACUUGCGAUCACGCUAGACUUAGGCAAAGAUAGUGUGUAUCGGGGAUGCUAACAUCUUUGGACAAGCAGGUUGAAAGAAUAUGAAUUGAUAGGACAUUGAUAUUUGUCAGUGAUGUUUUUAAGAGCUAACAGUCUGUUGACUUUUUAUGUUACAGUAAAUUACUGAAAUAUCAUGAAAUACUUCAAUUUAAACAAAGAUGGUUCUCCCGUGAUUCAUACAGUCACCAUUGCUCUGGUUCUGCCUUUAGUGAAACUGACAAACGGUGUUAAAUGAUUCCAUUUAUUUAGCUCUUACCUGCGCUGGCACAUCGAAGGAAACGACACUGGAUUUUAAAGGCUAAUUUUUCUAUCAGAAAUGUACUGUGUAAAUGUUCUUAACAUGACUUGCAACUCAACAUUUGUAUUACAUGUUGCUAUUUAUAAUAUUAUUAACCUGACACCAACAGCGUGUCACAGUUGUAAGACAGUGCUGCUUCCCUGCAACCACCUGGUGACCUUUUGGACAGGCGGUCAGAAUACAAGGACAACACUAGUUAGUAAUAAAGUUCCAUGUGAAAUAA